UUACCUGCAGCACCAAGUGCACUCCCUUGUGGCCUUGUGGGCCACAUCCGCGAGGUGGGCCCCGAACGCCUUGCACACCGCUUGGUGGAGAGGGCUGGCUGGCUGAUUUUCGGAGGACGACGGCAGCGCUCCGGCGACUGCCCCCGCCAUCGGCAACAACUCGCACGGCAACAGCAACAGCCCUGCGCCGGAGACGCCGGCGGCCGCCGCCACCAUGGAGAUGGACGACGGCGGCGCGGGCACACACCAGCGCGCAGGAGCAGCAGCAGACGGCGGGCGCAGAGGGUGCCUCAGUCGCCGCGGCGGCCGCGGCCGGUGCCGCCGUGGUGCCGCCACGACGGCCGGAGCCAACGCUAGGCCUGGGCCUUCGGGCGCCAACCCGCGCGGCACCCAGCCGCCGCCAGCAGCCGCUGAACCGAUUGACGCGGAGGACCCGAUGUCGGAGGCCCUGGAUGCCUCCCGGGCGCCCUUCGUUCAGGAGCUGGCCGAUGAGUAUAUCGGCAAGCACUAUCCACUCGCUGGCCGCGAUGUGAAUGAUGGGCCGCACGCAGGUGGUGCGGUAUAGACGGCUCCUAUGUGUUGUGUAUCGAUGCCGUGUGCUUGGCCAGGAGGUCAUACACUCAUACGGCUUGGUCCGGGCUUGCCGUGCGGACUCCCUUGGGCAGCUUGGUUGGUGCAAUCGGCAACGGAAGUAAGCGCUGUUCCCCAUGCGUAAGGCUUUGGCGCUCGGGCCCGCCAUCAUCUUGUGGUUGCGGGAUGCGUGACCUUGAACACCUGGUACGGAGGUGGUGCCCUGGUCCGAAACGCCAGGCACGUAGCUGGGCGGCAGCAGGUAGGACGAGUAUGGCGCAGCUGAACUGAAAGCUACUGAACGGGAUAACGCUUCACAUUUCAAAAGCAUAUUUGAAGUAAGGUACUUGAAAGGAGAUAACUUUGCACCGUGCACAAGCACAGCGAAGGAUGCGAAGUCGUGCGUGCCCGCGCACAAAAUUGCAACGGUUCUGGGCGGGGGACAUAAGGGAGUGGAGGUUUGCGAAACUCGGCAGAUUGCUGCACCCGGGCUGCACCAGUCAGACCCAGACCACCCCGCGCUCAACUCUCUGCCGCGUAACGAAUGGACAAUGUGCAUCGGCAGCCUUGUUAGACGUGAACUCAUGCGCACCGGCGCUUCAGAGCCCAGCUGUGUCAGUGCGCAUGUGUUGAAUGUGGAGACAUGUCCCGACAUGUCCACGCCCGGACGCGCAACUUAGCCCUCCCACCCUUUGUUUGUGCUUAUUACGUCAUAAGUCUCAUAACGUGCACAUAUGAGCCUCGUACUGCUGCGUUUGGCCCCUAGUUCUGCUUGUGGGGCGCUUCCCGAAAUCCGGCAGGAUGGGCUCCCGAAACCCGACGGACCCCCCAACUUUGGCGGCCCAGAACUUCCUCACCAGACACCCCCGUAGGAAACUAAAAGUACGUGCAUAAUGCUCUGCUAAAGCUCUGUAAUUUUUCGCAUUU